AUGCUGCUGCUACCACAUUCUCUCACUGCUCUUUCCCCUUGCUCUCCCCUCCCCCCCUCUCCUCCUCCCGUUUCCGUCCCCUCGCCCUCCGUGGACGAUUUUGUCCGUAGUGGCAUGGUGGUGGGGGUGGGGUCAGGCUUCGGCUCCUCUCUCGCUGUCACGCACCUCAUCAGCAAGAUCCAGAGCGGAUCGCUGCGAGAUAUUAUCGCUGUUCCUACCACGGCAGCGGCAGCAGCAGAGCUCGCGCAAGCAGGAGUCGUGAUGUCAACUCUUGAGGAGCAUCCCAAGCUCGAUUUCGCCUUCACAGAUGCAGACGUGGUGCAGGAAGGGACACUCUUCUCUAUAAUUGGCCGUCGCAUCCCCACCAAGCGAGGUUCUGUUCUCAAAGAGAAGGCUGUGGCUCGGGCAGCUGAAACUUUCACUGUGAUUGUGCCCGAGAAGCACUUUGAGGAAGGCCUGAUUGAUGGGGAAGUGCCCGUUGAAAUCGAGCAGGAUCACUGGUUGGACAUAGCAGAGGAAAUCGAUGAUUUGUUCCUGGGCGACGCAGAGGUGUGGCGGCGACCCACCAGCGGCACGGCGGGGCCGUUGGGAGGGGAGUUUCCGCUGGUCACUGAGAACGGACACUUUGUGCUGGACGUCAUUUUCACGACUCCCAUCGCUGAUAUGAGGGAUGUUGCUCGCCAGAUAGAGUCUGUGCCGGGAGUCGCAGCACACGGCAUUCUCCUCGACGAAGCGUAUGCCCCCGCUCGCGCUGCUCGGAAGGUGCCUUUGCUCCUCCUCGUCUCCCUCUGUGCCUGCCUGCUCGCCAUACUGCUGCUGCCCCGCUCCACCCUGCUCCACCCUCGCAGUCACGACCACCCACCCAUGCAGCCGAUCCCGCUGCUGCCGCCUCACAUGCAGAUACCAGCAGCCAUGCAUUCCCUUUCACCGAAUAGCAGCAGCAGCAGCGACCACAGGAACAGCAGCAGCAGCAUUGCACCUGUUCGUUUCUUUGCGUUUGGCGACUGGGGAAGGAAUGGCACGUUCAACCAGUCGUUAAUCGCCAACCAGAUGGGCCUGGUCGGAGCCCACAUGCACCCGCAGUUUGUGGUGUCGCUGGGAGACAACUUCCUCGAGCUCGGCCUUCCAGAUACCAAUGCCCCCCAGUUCGCCCAGUCCUUCACGAAUAUCUACACCCACCGCAGCCUGCAGAUUCCCUGGUAUGCAGUCCUGGGAAACCAUGACUACUACGGAAACGUGCUAGCCCAGCUACACCCAGCGCUGGCCAAUCGCGACCCUCGAUGGACCUGCCGCCGCAGCAUGGCCCUCUCGCUCCCCAGCUGUGCUGAGAUGGAGGAGCAGAGCGUUGACCACGUUGACUCACAUGGCCAGGGCGUUGACUAUGUGGACUCUGUUACUUUGAACAACCAGGGUGGUGACUCUGGUGGGCGGAGCGUUGACCCCGUUGACCCUAUUGACUCAGCUGGUCACGGCGCUGAUCGUGUGGACUCUGAUAACCAGGGCGCUGACUGCGUUGACUCUGGAGGAGGGCAGGGCGUUGACUGCGUUGACUUUGUUGACCUGUUUCUGUACGACUCGAUGCCGCUGAUCCCUGCGUACCGGCACAAGGAGGGCCGGCGGGUGGACUGGCGGGGCCUCAACACGGGCAACUGGAGCCGGCAGGAGGAGGCACAGCUGCAGGAGCUGGAGGGGUGGCUGAGCAACUCGCAGGCGCGGUGGAAGGUGGUGGGGGCGCACCAUCCGGUGUUCAGCUAUGGCUAG